CGGCGCCACCUAGCGGCGAGGGCGGAGGCUGCCUGGGCCGGCUCCCCCGGCUCCCGCUCCAACGAGCCCCGCAGCUGGGCUCCGGGCGUGCAUCCCCCGCCCCGCCGGAGCUCCCCUCCCAGGCACAUGCCUCUGCAGCCCGGCGCCGGCCGCCCCCCUCUGCCGCCGCCUCCUCCUCCUCCUCCUCCUCCUCCCCGCGUCCCCCCCAGGACCGGAGCCCGAGCCGGGCGGGGCGGCCCCGGCAUGCCGAGAGGAUGAUCGCCGCCUCCAGGAAGGGACCGGAGGGCAGGUACCCGCUCCAUUACCUGGUCUGGCACAACCGCUACCGGGAGCUGGAGAAGGAAGUCAACGCCGGACAGGUGGACAUAGAGCAGUUGGACCCCCGGGGCCGGACCCCCCUGCACCUGGCGACCACCCUGGGCCACCUGGAGUGUGCCCGCGUGCUGCUGAAGCAUGGCGCUGAUGUGGGGCGGGAGAACCGGAGCGGCUGGACAGUCCUCCAGGAGGCUGUGAGCACCCGCGACCUGGAGCUGGUUCAGCUGGUCCUGCGCUACCGGGACUACCAGAGGGCGGUCAAGAGGCUGGCGGGCAUCCCCGUCCUCCUGGAGAAGCUACGGAAGGCCCAGGACUUCUAUGUGGAGAUGAAAUGGGAGUUCACUAGUUGGGUGCCCCUGGUCUCCAAGAUCUGCCCAAGUGAUACCUACAAGGUGUGGAAGAGCGGGCAGAACCUCCGUGUGGAUACCACUCUGCUGGGUUUUGACCACAUGACAUGGCAGCGGGGGAACCGCAGUUUUGUCUUCCGGGGGCAAGAUACCAGUGCGGUGGUGAUGGAGAUUGACCACGACCGGCGGGUGGUGUACACGGAGACGCUGGCGCUGGCCGCCCAAGACCGUGACGGGCUCCUGGCCGCAGUGCAGCCCACCGAGGAGCAGGUGAUGAGCCGGCUCACCGCCCCUGUCGUCACCACCCAGCUUGACACCAAGAACAUCUCCUUCGAGAGGAACAAGACUGGCAUCCUAGGCUGGCGCAGUGAGAAGACAGAGAUGGUGAAUGGCUAUGAGGCUAAGGUCUACGGGGCAUCCAACGUGGAGCUGAUCACGCGGACCAGGACGGAACACCUGUCUGAACAGCAUAAGGGCAAGAGCAAAGGCAGUAAGACACCACUGCAGUCCUUCCUGGGUAUCGCGGAGCAGCACGUGGGGCCCAACAAUGGGACCCUGAUCACACAGACGCUGAGUCACACCAACCCCACCGCCAUCACCGCUGAGGAAUACUUCAACCCCAGUUUUGAGCUGGGCAACCGGGACAUGGGGCGGCCCAUGGAACUGACCACCAAGACCCAGAAGUUCAAGGCCAAACUGUGGCUGUGUGAGGAGCAUCCGCUGUCCUUGUGUGAACAAGUGGCCCCCAUCAUUGACCUCAUGGCCAUCAGCAACGCCCUCUUCGCCAAGCUCCGUGACUUCAUCACGCUUCGCCUGCCACCUGGCUUCCCGGUCAAAAUCGAAAUCCCCAUCUUCCACAUCCUCAACGCCCGCAUCACCUUCGGGAACCUGAACGGCUGUGACGAGCCUGUGAGUUCGGUGCGCGGCAGUCCCAGCAGUGAGGCGCCCUCUCCCAGCAGCGACUCCUCCAGUGUCAGCAGCUCCAGCUCCAUGACGUCGUGCCGCGGCUGCGAGAUGGCGCCUGCGCUGUUCGAGCCUCCGCGUGGGUACAGCGUGCUGGGCAGCCAGCGCGAGCCCGGGCGCGAGGAGGAGGACGACCUGCUCCAGUUCGCCAUCCAGCAGAGCCUGCUCGAGGCCGGCAGCGAGUAUGACCAGGUCACCAUCUGGGAGGCCCUGACCAACAGCAAGCCGGGCACCCACCCCAUGGCCCAGGAGGGCCGCAGGCCAGAGCGGACGCCUCAACACACCCCGCAGCGACAGCCUGGCCCCCAGCCGGCGCCGACCCCAUCCCCCAGCCCCGGCCACGUCUUCCGCAGCUACGACGAGCAGCUGCGCCUGGCCAUGGAGCUGUCGGCCAGAGAGCAAGAGGAGGCCGAGCGGCGUAAGCAGCAGGAGGAGGAGGAGCUCCAGCGCAUCCUGCAGCUCUCCUUGACCGAGCAGUAGCCACGGCCCUCUUCCCCCUCCAGCCUCACCACAGGGUGCUAAUGCCAGGCCUGCCCGGCGGGGGGGCCGACUGGCCAGAGCCACCCGGUGAGGGUCAGGCUCUGGGGGCAGAGCCCAGUGCUGCCCCUGGGAGGCUGGGGACAAGCUAGGGGGUGUCGCCCUCCUAGCACAGGACUGGUUGGCAAUGGGGGUGGGGAGGGGAGAUACCAACCUGGACCUACUGUUUACUCUUCCUAAGAAUACUUGAGCAGGGCACCCCCACCCCGGCCCGGGGAGGAAUAGCUGGUGGGGAGGGAGAGGCGGAGGCAGGGCCUGGGGGUCGGGUGGGAAGACAGGUGCUUGGUGGACUUUCACUCCCCCCUCCCUCCUGGGAGAAGCAGGGUAAUGGGGUGGGUGGGGGGCCCCUCCACUGGGAGGAGAAGGGAUUAUUCAGGGCUGGGGUGGCCCAGCUAGCACAGAAUAGGGAUGGGUUGCAGGAGUCACGCACAAGCAGGAGCCUGGCCUGAGGGGGGCUCUCGGGAGAGGGCGGCCACCCUCUCCUGGCCUGAGGAGUCCCCGGAAGGUGGGGCCCCGGCCUUGGGCUUCCUACCCCUCGGCUUUAACUGGGACCUGCCCCCAGGCCCCCUCAUUCAAGGAUGAGGCCAGGACCCAGACCCCAGGCACCAAGCCGGACCUGGUUUGAUUCCCUUCCUGCCCCUCCCCUUCCCCCUCCUCCCAGUUGCAUAGUUGCUACCACUGGGGAAACCCAGACUGUUGGCAGCCUUUCCCUGGAAUGCCCUUGGGGUGGGGGUGGGCUCUGCCUGCUUGCUCUGCCCCUGGGGAGAAUCUCCCCACCAAUUCCCAGCAUCUUCCCCAACUCCCGGCUCUCAGCCCCUGGGGAGCAGCUCCCCGUGCCCAGGCCUGUGCUCGCCGCACCGCCCCCUCCCACCCCCCCACAAGACACAAACCAGCACCUCGGAGGGGCCUGGUCCCCCCACCCUGGCAUUACAGCGUCAAGUGCACUUAGCUGGGUGCCCAACCCGGGCCCCCUGCUGCCGCCGGCUUUCCCUGGCCCUCCACUGACCCCUCUCCCCCCGGCCUGCAUGCUCUCUGCCCCAAGACAUUGGAGUAGAGGCAAGCCUGGGGCCUGGAGCCUUUGAGGCACAGGGACGGCGGGCAGAGUAAGGUCAUGGCAAUCCCAGAAUUCCUGCUCUCGCCAAGCUUGAGCUGCUGAAGGGUUGGGGAGGGAAAGGGCCGAAGAGGGAAAGGGCAGAGGACUCGGGCGCUGGAGGGUGGCCUGGGCCCAAGUCUGGCAUGAUGGGGGCAAGUUGGGCCGAGGACCUGGGCUAGCUGCUCAGGGCACUGUGAGGGGAAGGAUUCCUUGCUGCCCCUGCCACCUGGCACUGCCCCCCACCAUGCUCUUCUGCCAGUUGCUGCUAUCCCUCCUUCCCGCAGCCCCCUGAGAGGGCAUGACCUUCAAAAUCCUUCCAUCCAAUGGUGCUAACUCUCUGUCCUCCCAGCCCCAAUGUCACCCCCCUUACCCCCCCCCAACUUUUUCCCAGAAAAGCACAGGUGCCAGGCUGGCCCCACUGCACCCCUGCCCUCCCCACCCUGGAUGGACUGGCUGACACUGUGACGAGGGGAGGGGCCGGCCUGGCCAGCGACUCCAAACAAAAAAGCAACAAGGCAGUCCCUCUCCUAGCCCCGCUACCCAACCUCCUCCCAGGACAGGGGUGCAGAGCAGAAGAGACACAAUUAAAAAAAGGCUUCAAAACAG